CUCCAGCUGAGAGAGGGUGCCUACGAUUGAAGUACGUGGAUCGUGCUUCGCCUGGUGACGUUGGAAGCUCCCUCAACGACGCACGCAACGCACCACAGCUUCGCGAGUCCGCCACCAUCAUGAAGCUCUCCGCCGGGCUGCUCGCAGCCUUUGCUGGCUGUGCCGUAGCUGCACAGCCCGCCGCCGAGGUGUUCCUUGUGCCGACGCGCUCGGCGCCAUCGUCCAAGACGCCGUCCAUGUCGCGCAGCCUCGCCCGCCUCGUCCUGCUGCAGCGCCUGGCCCCGAUCGGCCAGGGCCCGUCCAUCCACGACAUCCCCACGGACGCCGAUGUCGAUGCCGCCGUCUCCGCGAUGAACACGUUCGGCAAGCCGCCGCCCGCCCUCUUCGCCGACGGUGCUAGCGAGCCGCCCAGCCAGCUCGUCAUGAUGCUGGAGGGCAUGACGGAGGAGCAAAUUCAAAGCCUGGGGCGCCAAUUCAAGACGAAGCCCGCGUUCACAAUUGCCGACCCGCCGUCGUCAAAUGCUCACGACGAGCUCAUCAGAAUCGACCUUGGCCGCCCGGGCGUGUCCAACGACAACAAAUGCACUGUUCAGCAGGUUGUUAACCCCCUUGAAGAGUGCUGGGGCGGCAAGCAGGCUGCCGUUGCCAAAUUCGAUGUCAAGAAGGAUCCCGACGUUCUCAAGCAACUCAUCCAGAAGCUUGCGCAGUUGUCUAAGCUUGCCAAAGCCGGCGAGCUCGAGACGGCCAUCAUUCUCUUGCCAUCAACCGCGACGUCCAAGUCGUGGGCCGACCAGUCGCAGGAACUGCGCCGGCGACAGGCCGAGCAGGUUAUGACUUCGCUCGACAAGUCAGUGCAGUCACCGGCGCCGUCUUCGCCUGCUGGGCAGAGCACCAUUUUCACGGCCAAGGGCCCGAUUGCGGCGUGCUUCAACUCCAAAGAUAGCUGCAUCAAGGCGACGGGGAACUGCUCGGAGCACGGGUCGUGCCUCAACAAGUACGCCAACGGGGACGGCACUGAUGGAAAGGAGGUGUGCUACGCAUGCCACUGCCUGAGCACGCGCAGCGACUCGGGCAGCCUGACGCACUGGGCAGGCCCGACGUGCGCCAAGUCGGACAUUAGCGCGCCUUUCUGGUUGUUCGCAGGGUUCACACUGGCCAUUGUGUGGAUUCUGUGGAUGUCUAUUUCGAUGCUCUUCAACGUGGGCGAGGAGAAGCUGCCGGGCGUGAUUGGAGCGGGCGUAUCGAGGUCCAAGUAGACGCGACACGAUGGGAGCGCGAGAGUUGAACGGGGCUACAACAGGCGGCAGCUUUGGGAGGCUUCUACUAUUGCCGCGAGCCAGGCACGGGAAUGUAGCAUAUGGUGUAUUGAUACAUGGCGUCGUUUUGCAGUCGGUCAGUUAUUAUGUUGCCCUUGGUACGAAGCACAUGUAGAUGCUGCAGUCAACUGCAGAGCUCAUGAAGAGAAAUUCAAAUUGGUCCACGCUC